CCCUCCUUGGACGCAACAAUAUCACCAUGUUCCCCUAGUACUUAAACAAUAGUCAUGGGUUCCCUCGAUCCCUUAAAACACCCUGAUUCAGGUUGAAUUUUCUCUUUACAAGUCGCCCACAUGCAUUCACCCCCUGUAACAUCACAUCCCUCCCCAUCCUCUUCCUUUGCACCGAGACCGUUCCCUCCUCCUUCCCUUAACGACGUUCCUCAUGAAUAUAUCGUUGAUCAGCUGAGGAACCUCGCCUCGCACUACUGGGAUAGACCACAGACAGCCGAUUGUACUAUCAUCGUACCUGUUCCCCAUCAUCGAACACGUCCAGUACACGACCCUUCAGUCAUUUCGUCACCAGAGCCCUCACCAAGGGAUCAGGUGCACCAGAAUGCCACUGGUCACCGGGUAACAGAACCUGCUAUCCAUGCUGUGCCUCGAAUGAAACUAAGAUUGCACAUGGACUACCUCUCCUCGCAGUCAUCAUUUCUCCGAGGUCUUUUCAGUGGUGCAUCGCCCCAUGAUCUCAUACACACUGGUACCUCUCAACCCCGACAUCGUCCCCUACAUGUUCCAGAAAGCCGUCUCCCUUGUCUUCUUCCUUCCCCACAGUCACAUCCCACUCUCUUCCUCCCUGUUCCUGACCCUUCUUCCAUACAUCUGGUUUUUCAUUGGAUGUACUUUGGUCAGACGACUCUCAUGGAAGACUGCCUAAAUCGGGGUGUUGUCCAUUGGGAGGGGAUCGCGCGCAACGUGGAGUACUUGGGCCUUCCCACAGAUAUCAAAGUAUUCCUGGGGCAGUGGUACAGCAACUGGCUUCUUCCCGCGCGCAGCCGCCCUGGCUGUCCACCGUGUUCGCCUGAAGAUGGUGAUGAUUCUGAUAUUGAGCUGGAACUCGACGAAGACGACGAGACGGAUGAUGACGAUGAUGAUUCCUCGGUCGGCUCAUACACGGAUGGUGUAGAUGCUAUCGCAGAGUUCGAGCGAGGCCGGACACGGACAAUCCGCCCCUUGGCGCGCCUAUGCGGAAAGUUACAGAUGUGUGGAGCGUGACAGGCAUUUGACAUCUUUACGAACAACUCAAUGUAUUUCAUAAUGGUUGUCGCCCAUGGCAAUCUUCUUUGCUCUAUCUUUAUUCAUUUGUCGCAUCCCCUUUUCAGUGGGGCAUGAAACCAUUUCCGGGGAAUGUCUGGACUGCGUGGCAUCGGCGACGGACUCUAACUUGCAAGUGCGGCUGCUAUCCUCAAAUGUUUUGCGCGACGGCACCGCAAUUACGUUCAUCCCAUUCCCUGAUAUACUAAUAGUACUUGUAAUUGUAUCAGAUGCGAAAGG